AAACAAGGUGAGCCAACCAUGACGGGCAAAACACAGACCAGCAAUGUUACCAAUAAGAAUGACCCCAAGUCCAUCAACUCCAGGGUUUUCAUCGGCAAUUUAAAUACAGCCAUCGUCAAAAAAGUCGACAUUGAAGCUAUUUUUUCAAAGUAUGGGAAAAUCGUUGGCUGCUCCGUUCACAAAGGGUAUGCUUUUGUCCAAUACAUGAGUGAGCGCCAUGCAAGAGCUGCCGUGGCUGGAGAAAAUGCCAGGGUCAUCGCAGGCCAGCCUCUUGAUAUUAACAUGGCAGGGGAACCCAAACCGUACAGACCAAAGCCUGGAAACAAGAGGCCACUGUCUGCUCUCUAUAGGCUUGAAUCAAAGGAGCCAUUCCUGUCUGUUGGUGGUUAUGUCUUUGACUAUGAUUACUACAGAGAUGAUUUCUACAAUAGGCUGUUUGAUUACCAUGGACGUGUGCCUCCGCCUCCUCGAGCUGUCAUUCCACUGAAGCGUCCCAGAGUGGCUGUCACCACCACACGCAGGGGGAAAGGCGUGUUUUCCAUGAAAGGGGGAUCCAGAUCUACUGUUGGUGGGUCAUCUUCAUCAGGCUCUAAAUUGAAAUCAGAUGAGUUACAGACAAUCAAGAAAGAAUUAACCCAGAUCAAAACUAAAAUUGACUCCUUGCUAGGGCGCCUGGAGAAGAUUGAGAAGCAGCAGAAGGCAGAGGCAGAAGCUCAGAAGAAGCAAUUGGAGGAGAGUAUAGAGCUGAUCCAAGACGAGUGUGUGUCAGAGAAUGCAGACCACUCCACAGAGGAGCCUGCUGAAGGAGGGCAAGAAGCGGAUGGAGGAGAAAUGACUGAUGGGGUAGAGGAGGACUUCGAUGAAGAUGGGGGUCACGAGCUGGUAGGAAUGCAACGUUUGGUGUCCACAUGUAUUGGGUGA